CUGAAAUUUACCGAAUCAAUCAAUUAAUCGAGCAACAGAGUGCUGAGUCAUAUCAAACACUUUACACUCUGUGACCACUGUCGGUAGCCCACCAUAGAUCUAUCUAGGUUCCCUCAAACCCACUGGACCUGAUAGCCCACUCACCCUACAAACAUAGGUUAUAGUAGGGACUGCACAACGAUUGCAAAGACCAUGAGGAUAUUAUAGUGCAUCAGCGCCAUAUGUAUUGGAAUACAUGGCGAGUUUCUUGAUCAUGGCCCUCCAUAAUGAAUGGUUGGUCUUCUGUGGUCCAUGUUGAGAGCUCUACGCUGCCUUCGUGGCAUUCAGCUGCAGACCUACGGAAUGUGCGUAAACUGCCGCUUAUGCUGGAGCGCAAAAAUACUCUGCCCAACCGGCGCGGUCGCGUUCGCUGCCUGCGCGCGUCUCCAAUGAUAAGAAGACGCUUGGAUGCAUCCAUUCCGGAUUUCGUUUUUAUUUGAACUAUACCGCUUUAUAUAUUGUAAUGUAAACGUUUCUUCACCGUUUUUUUGUGGUGUGUGGAUUCUGCUUAUAUUAAACGUGCUAUCGGUGUAUGAAGUCCCUGUUGCGUUGGUGCUGCGGAAGACAAGAACAAGAGCCGAACUCACAGCCGUGGAAGCGAGCGAAUCAAUUUAGAGAAGAGAAAAUGAGAAAUAGAUAGAGAGGUUGGGGGACUGACGAGAGGAGAGGGAUCGAAAGGAGAGAACGUCGACCUCACGCCGCAGCAAUUGAAACAGAAAGUGAGGAGCAUCUACCAUCCACAGAGAUACACCUAUCAAGAGCAGAUUCACCAAACAUCUACUUUGUGGUUCUAAUAAUUAUCAUGGGAUCUACAAGUACAUAAUUCCCCAAAAAACUGCUGAAAAAUAGAAGGCAUUUUAUAUUUACACUGACAUUAACAUAGUCAAGUGAGGAAAUAUAAAUGAUAAAUGAAGAGAACAUUUAAUCUCUAAAAGUUCUUCACAAGUAUUAAAAAGACUUGAAAGAGAAGAAUAUAAUGGAAUCGUAAAAUGAACAACAAGAGAACCACUUAACUGUCUUGUAUCAGAGGUGACUUAUCAACAUAUUAGGACUAGGGGUGGGUCAUGACCCAUUUGCCAUGCGUGUUGUCAUGGUGACCAGCCCCUCCACCCCUUCCCCCCUCCUCUGGUUGGUCCAGCUUUUACUUUGGCUCCACCACCAUGGACCUCAGCUAACAGAGGCCGCGCCCCCAUGUCCCAACCCCUGUAGCUGCUCCAAUCAGGCAAGCCGAGUCAUCUGUACAAGGAAGAGUUUAGUGGAAGUACCGGACAGUAUUUCUGUGAACACAAGAUACCUUAACCUACAAGAGAACACGAUUGAGGUGAUAAAGUCUGACACGUUCAAGCACCUGCGGCAUUUGGAAAUCCUGCAGCUCUCCAAGAACCACAUCCGACAGAUCGAGGUGGGCGCGUUCAAUGGCCUGCCCAACCUCAACACCCUGGAGCUCUUCGACAACCGCCUCACGCUGGUACCGUCGCAGGCCUUUGAGUACCUCAGCAAGCUGCGGGAGCUCUGGCUACGGAACAACCCCAUCGAGACGCUGCCGGCAUAUGCCUUCCACCGCGUUCCCUCCCUGCGCCGUCUCGACCUGGGCGAACUCAGGAAGCUGGACUACAUCUCUGAGGCCGCCUUCGAGGGCCUGGUCAACUUGCGUUUCCUGAACCUGGGUAUGUGCGGUCUGAAGGACAUCCCCAACCUCACACCCUUGGUCCGACUGGAGGAGCUGGAGCUGUCUGGGAACCAGCUGGGGAAUGUCCGGCCCGGCUCCUUCCAGGGCCUGGUGUCGCUGCGCAAACUGUGGCUCAUGCACUCCAAGGUGACGGUCAUUGAGCGCAAUGCCUUCGACGACCUGAAGAACCUGGAGGAACUCAACCUGUCCCACAACACUUUGCACUCGCUGCCCCACGAUCUCUUCACCCCGCUGCACCAGUUGGAGCGGGUGCACCUCAACCACAACCCCUGGGUGUGCAACUGCGAUGUCCUGUGGCUUAGCUGGUGGCUGAAGGAGACGGUGCCCAGUAACACCACAUGCUGUGCCCGCUGCCACGCGCCCCCAGGCCUGAAGGGCCGGUACAUAGGUGAGCUGGACCAGAGCCACUUCACAUGCUACGCUCCUGUCAUUGUAGAGCCACCCACCGACCUCAAUGUCACAGAGGGCAUGGCUGCCGAACUGAAGUGUCGCACCGGCACCUCCAUGACGUCUGUCAACUGGCUCACCCCAAAUGGCACCCUCAUGACGCAUGGGUCGUACCGUGUCAGGAUCUCAGUCCUUCACGACGGAACCCUGAAUUUCACCAAUGUGACUGUGCAGGACACGGGCCAAUACACCUGCAUGGUGACCAACUCCGCCGGCAACACCACGGCAACCGCAGUGCUCAACGUGUCCACCUCCGACUCCAGCAACCCUUUCAGCUACUUCACCACCGUCACUGUGGAAACCGUGGAAACUAACAAUGGGGAGGAUUCCGCUGCAAGGCAGUACAUCAACGAAACCUACGUACCGCCAGAUUACCUGGGUCCCACUGUUUCAGGAGGGGUACUGGGUAAAGGCAGGGCUGGAUUCACCAUAUCUCCAUCACGCUCAUCUCUCUCCUCUCUGUCCCCACGAGCCACCAGAGCCACUGAAAAGGCAGUCACAGUGUCGAUAAUGGAGGUCACGAACAUCCCUGGCCUGGACGAUGUGAUGAAGACCACCAAGAUCAUCAUCGGCUGCUUCGUGGCCAUCACCUUCAUGGCGGCCGUGAUGCUGGUGGUCUUCUACAAGCUGAGGAAGCAGCACCAGCUGCACAAGCACCACGGCCCCACCCGCGCCAUCGAGAUCAUCAAUGUGGAGGAUGAGAUCGGUGCCGGGGCCGGGAGCGGCAUCUCAGGGGGAUCGACUAUGCAAUCCGGGUGCGGAGGAGACGGAACCUUGAGGAUGCAUCACCCGGAAAUAGUCAACCUUCCCAACAUCGGGCGAUCAGAGCAUCUUAACCAUUACUACAAGGCCAAUAAUUUCAACAACAACGUGAUGGGUCUGAGCAUUGGGACAGGGGCAGGCGCCGGUACUCUAAGUAACAAGAAUAACCCGUCCCCACUUAACCAGCAAGGCCAGGAUAUCCCCAUCUCCUGUACACAGGUUCCAAUCACCUCAGCCACUUUCCAGACCAUGUCCGGAAACGGCACCAACACCAACCCUCUUUCUGUUUCCCCACCUCUGCCGAUGUCCCUCCCCAUGUCCCCCAUGGGAUUACAUGGAUCGAUCAAGGGUUUCAUGGGUCAGAACCAGAAUCCACAAAUGGAGCCUCUUCUGUUCAAGGGAAACUCAAAGGAAAACGUUCAAGAGACUCAAAUCUGAAAACAAAGAGUGAGGAGCGAGAGAGAGCGCACAGGGGAAAGACAGAGAGGGGAUUGAUGGCCUCUUAACGUGGCGAACGAUUAAACACUACAGUGCAUUGACAUUACACCAGGAGAGAGGAUAGACUGACACUGCAAUACACAAACACAUAGACUGGUCAGCGACAGUGUACUGAGCCAAGGAUUACCACAAUGGGCUACUUGUGUUUGUAGUAACGAUCACGGCAAUGGAGUUCAAAAACGAACAGCGCUGCAAUGUAAAUCUGUGCCAAAGCAAAUGUUUCUUGCAGUUUCUAUGAGUUGUAUUAACAUAGAAAAAAAAGCCUUUCCAAGUACUGUAGUCGUGGUUGGCCAGUCAGUCAAGACGUAAGACACGCACAGCACUGACCACAGUGACGUUUGGAGACAUUGCAGGAAAGAAUACUAGAGACAUUUCUCUUUCACAGAAAAUACUUGUGCAAGACACUAUCGUAUGAACUCACUAGUCUCACUUGAGGCUGUAGGUAGGCAGAAAUGGAAGGACAAAAGGGACAUACAGUACAGUACAGUACAAACUACUGUGAAAAUUCCACAGAUGACAUAAAUAUAUUUUCAUUUUAAUAUGUUACAUUGCAGACUCCAAUGCAGAGAUAUUUUGGAGGAUGUAUGAGCUGUAAUAGUUUGUUUUGUGAAUAAUCAGGGGCGGUGAUUGUGAAGGUUGAUUAUACGAUACAUAUGUUUUGAGUUUGGCUACUCCUCCAAAACAUAAGGGCUCAAUUGCAACACUCAUUGUGAAUCUAUGAAUUUGGCUGCCAUGAAUAUUGAAGAAUGGUAGGAGAGUUCCCACAGUUUUCUGUUUGGCUAGCUUUUUUCUGUGUUUCACUCCCUCAACAGUGACGAUAACUGGACACUUCUGUUCUUGUUUGUUUUGAGAGUAUAUUCCAUAUAUUUCAGCAGGCUACUUCAUUAUUCAAAUAAGAGCUCCAGAUGCCAGCAUAUACAUGUACCAUCAGCAAAUUUAGGUGAAAUAACAAAACACAUCAACAGUGAGCUAAUACCUUGCAAAGACUUUUAUGGGCAAUGGGAAAUGUGUAACUCGACUCAGAUCAGUAGCAAGAAAUUAGCUAUAAGUGGCGAAUUUGAUAUGAACUCCUUUCUCAUGGUGACCAUUUUGAUGCCACAUAAUGCUGUCAUAAGGGUGAUUAAAUUCCUGUCUUUGCAAUGGCAUUCAGUGGGUGGAUUCGACCACCUUCUUUGUUUUAGUGGAACAGAAAUGUAUGAUAAUAGUAUUUGGUUGUAUGACAAUUGUACGAACCAUCUUUUUACAGUGUACCUUUCAUGUGUUAAUACCAUUUAAAGCUUUGUGCAUUUAAACUAUGUCUUCAAUUAUUUUUGCUUAGUUUGAUAUAAUGUGUACAGUUGUCUAGCCAUGUACCAUUCACAUGAAAUAAAUAAAUCAUAUAUCGAG